AUGUCGCAACCAAGCCAUGACGAGUUCGUGGUCGAAUCCCACGAGCCUUCUGCUAGACGCUCCAGGUUCUGUGGUCUGCGCGACUUCUGUGACCUCGCCGACUUAUGGCUCUCAGCAUCCCGCUUCGGACAUUUUUUCCACCUCGGUGGCAGUGGUCAUGCCAACGAGAUUGUCACGGCGUCGGCGUUCAAGGAAGUCCGCGCAGGGUUGACCACCUUUGCCACCAUGGCAUACAUCAUCGCAGUCAAUGCCUCCAUGCUCUCGCAAACAGGCGGCACAUGCGAAUGCAACUUGGUCGACAGGCACCAAUGUGACACCAUUCCCGAGUUUGCAGCCUGCAAAGAAGAGGUGCGACGCGACCUGAUCACGGCCACCGCUGCUAUUGCCGGCAUGGCAUCCCUCGUCUUCGGCCUGCUCACGAACCUCCCCGUCGCCAUUGCCCCUGGUAUGGGCCUCAAUGCGUACUUUGCAUUCCAGGUCGUCGGCGUCAACGGUACCGGCUCCGUCCCAUACCGCACCGCCCUAACCGCCAUCUUCAUUGAAGGCUUCAUUUUCAUACUCCUCGCGCUCACCGGCAUGCGGCAAUGGCUCGUCAAGAUCAUCCCUGCCACGCUCAAGACCGCGACGGGCGUCGGCAUCGGGUUCCUACUGACCGAGGUGGGCCUGUCGUACUCAUCUGGCAUCGGUGCCAUUACUGGCGGUGGCGGCGGCUCACCGCUUACGUUGGGAGGCUGCCCGUCGGAGCUGCUCGAUCCCGACAGUGGCAUGUGUACGUCCGGCGUGAUGUCGAGUCCGAAGCUCUGGCUUGGCGUUCUCUGCGGCGGUAUCUUUACCGCUUUCUUGAUGGCAUACCGGGUCAAGUACGCUUUGGUCAUCGGCAUCGCCUUGGUCUCCGUCAUUUCCUGGCCCCGCAACACCGCGGUCACGUACUUUCCCGACACGAAGGAAGGCAACUCGCGCUUCGAGUUCUUCCGGCAGGUCGUCGCGUGGCACCCGCUCUCCCGUGUCGCCAACCAGCUCGAGUGGGACAUUCAGACGAGCGGAUCGCACUUUGCCCUCGCCCUCUUCACGUUCCUCUAUGUCGACAUCAUCGACGCCACCGCCACGCUCUACUCGAUGGUGCGCUUCUGCGGCGUCGUCGACAAGGACGGUGACUUCCCACGCUCGACCAUUGCAUACUGCACCGAUGCCGCAUUCAUCUCCAUCGCGGCGCUGUUCGGGUCCUCACCUGUCACGGCUUUUAUCGAGAGUGGCGCCGGCAUCGCCGAGGGCGGGCGCACCGGGCUGACGGCCAUCGUCACGGGCCUGUGCUUCAUCGUGGCCGUCUUCUUUGCACCAAUCUUCGCCUCCAUCCCACCGUGGGCCACUGGCUGCACCUUGGUUCUUGUCGGUUGCAUGAUGAUUCGACAGAUAACGCAGAUCAACUGGCGUUAUAUUGGUGACGUCCUGCCCUCCUUUGUCGUCAUGACCUUUAUCCCAUUCAGCUACAGCGUCGCGUACGGGCUCAUCGCCGGCAUCUUUGUCUACACCGUGCUCAACGGGCUCAUCGGCGCCGUGGUCUGCAUCUCCGGUGGCCGCUGCGAGCCUCGCGAGUACGAGCUCAAGGAGUACUGGAGCUGGAAAGGCACCGGCCAGCCGCCGUGGUUCGUGCGCGCCGUCCGCCAGCAGCAGCGCCGCCGCCGCAGGAAGGCGGCGGCUCGCGACGGCGCCAUGCCCGCCACCACCAGCAACGGGCAGCCGGGGUUCCGCUCACCGCAGCAGGAGCGCGUCGUCUCCUUCUCCGGUGACUCGCCGGACCGCUCGUCCUCCGCAAAGGGCGGCUCGGCGACGGUGGCCGAGCAGCCAAUCCUCUCGCGGCCGACCCCGGAGCAGAUGACUCGCAUGUCGCGAUGA